CCGAGUACAGGGAAGAAUUUUUAGUUAAAUAUUUUUUAAACUGUUCCUUAUAAUAAUGGUGCCUUAAAAUAAAUAUUUUAUUAAAAUGGAUAACGAUACAAAAGAAUUUACAUUGCCACCGGCGCCGCGGGGCUUAUGUUUUGACCGAAAUGAUUUUGUCAAGACAAGUUUUUCGGUGGAUAACUUCCUUGCAGAUCAUCACAAUGUCGCAUCCUUGGAGACUAUGCGAGAUGACCUGGGUGUCUACCUGAAAGUUCUAAGAUUAGCAAUGAUAGAGCUUAUUAACAAGGACUAUGCUAAUUUUGUAAACCUGUGUGCUACUCUAAUCGGCUUCGACAAGGCUAUUGUGAAAGUUCAGGUGCCAUUAAGCCAAUUAAAUGAGGAAGUUAUAAAUGUAAAACAAUGCUUGGAAGAUGCUAUGAAAGAAUUAAUGCUCUGGUUGAAUCAGAGGCAUGCAUUAAUAAAGAAAAAACAUCUACUCAAAUGUUACAGCCAAACUAUAAAUUGUCUAAAUACACUGGAAAAUAUUUUAAGUGAUAUUACAGACAAGCGAAAACUAGAGCAAAUAAUUAUAGCAGAUAGAGCUGCAAUGCAAUAUAAUCAUCUUAAGUUUUCUAUUUCAAAAUGUGACAGCCUUAUUAGACCUGAACAAAAGAAGCAAUACAAUGAAGUUGGAGGUAAAUUAGUUCAGAUGUUGAAUGAACUGCUAUUUACAUUCUGGAAUGAUAAUAAUGAAGAUUAUCUGCUUAAAACAUUAAUCACGCUGACAACGUUGGAUAGGGUGUCUGAAACAGAGAUGCUAAUUAGAAAACAAGCUGUAGCUCCUUUGCUUCAGAAUAUUAUAAAUGAACCAGCUCUACAAAGAAAUAAAGAAGGUCUUGAGGGAGUCUAUAAGAAUAUUCUGUCUUUACUAGACACUAAACUGAAACUGCUUUUUACAGUAACACAACAUUCCAAGUUAACAUUUCUUACAAAUAAAUAUAGGUUUUUAGUGAACUGUUUCUGGUGUGAAGUUGAGAACCGCCUAGAGGUCAAUCUAGCGUCAAUAUUUGCUCCUGGUAACCCACAGCUGUUCUAUAGAAGGUACAGUGAAAGUAUGCAUUUUAUAAGAAAAUUAGAGGAAUACUGUUCUACAAAGGAAACUGUGAAACUAUUACAUGAAACAUCAGAAUAUAAGAGCUUUCUGAGGAGAUGGAAUUUACCAGUCUAUUUUCAAAUUAGGUUUCAAGAAAUUGCAGGUGGUUUUGAAGCUUCAUUAAAGUCCAGCUCUACAUUGCAAAAUAUUGAUGGUUUCAUUUUACUGGAGACUUAUAAGUGUUGGAAAGCUCUCCAAGACUGCUGGUCUGAGGGUAUUUACAUUGAAGCUCUGGUUCACAAGUUCUGGAAGUUGUCACUACAAUUGAUCUCCAGAUAUGCUUCAUGGAUCACAAGUAUUUGUUCAAAUAAAUCUGCUCCAAAAAUAGAAACUACUGGUAUUAAUCAGAAUCUUGUCCACAAUAGUAUAAACCUUUAUAUUGACAGUAGAACGUUGCUGCUGAGAUUGCCUAAAUUUCUAGAAUUAGUUGAAGAUAAAGUUCAUAACAAUAAAAGUAAAGAUAUACUAAGACAAAGUUUAAAACCUACAGAAGAAAUGUUACAAGGAACAAAAUCUAAAAUCUGUGAAUGUAUUGUAAAUGAACUUUUUGAAUAUUUUAAUGUGCAGCUGAAACAAGUUAGUGACAUACCAAGAUUGUAUAGGAAAACAAACAGGAGUGUACCUACUAAACCUUGCACCUACAUUGAUUUGAUUGCCAAAACAAUUAAGGAGUUCAAUGAGGAUGCAUCAAAGAAAGUUGAUCAAACUUUUUUAGGAGAACUUUAUAAUUCAUUGUUUAAUGUUAUGACUGUGUUAUAUUAUAAAUAUGUUGAAGAUGUUUUGGUUUCUGUGCAUAGAACUGAAGAGUCAUUAAGAAGAUUGAAGCAAAUUCGAGAUAUGGGUACUCAACAAAACAGUGAUAGCACCGGCAUCACUGAUGGAGACAAGAUUAGAUUACAGCUGAAUGUGGAUGUUGCCUCUUACACCAGCCUGGCACAGUGCCUUUUUGUUAAUGUAAAUAGUGUGCACAAACUAACAGAGUUAUCAUCAAUGGUAACAGAUGCUGUAAAACAUAUAGAUAUUAAAUGAUAUGGCCCUGUUAUAUA